AUGCUCUAUCUUCUUUUGAUUGGAUGCGCCGUUGGGCUUGCAAUAAAGCCUCAUUUCAAUGCAUUCGCGCCGUUGUAUACACCAGAAGCGUUUGCCGCUGAACAACCACUUCCUUUUCCUCAGUGGCUCGCAGACUUUACUGGUUGUACAGAAUGGCCUGGAAUGAACCCACCCUACAUUCCACUUGACUUUGUCAACUUGGACAGUUUACCAGAGAAUCUGGAAAACUGGAUUCAUGCCGAAGGUGUUUGUGGAAAUGUUGCGAGUAGCGCUGCAUGUUCAUUUGACUGCUACAACUGUGUCAUGUCUGAGGAUGUCCAUACUUGUCCGUCCUUGACACAAACCUUUGAUGAUGGACCUUCGCCAUUCACGCCUACUCUUACCAGCGCUUUAACUACUCCUCUCACUUUCUUUACUAUCGGAGUCAAUGUGGUCCGCUUCCCUCAGAUCUACCGUGAUACUGCCAACAAGGGUCACAUCAUGGGGUGUCACACCUGGCUGCAUCCAUUUCUCCCAGGACAGACCAACACUCAGAUUGUGGCACAAAUUGAAUGGCUGAUCUGGGCCAUGAAUGCUACCUAUGGCCACUUGCCCAAAUGGUUCCGCCCUCCAUAUGGCGGUAUUGACAAUAGGGUCAGGGCAAUAAUCCACCAGUUUGGAAUGCAGGCCGUCCUAUGGGACUUUGACACAUUUGACUGGCAAUUGGCAGCAAAUAACGAUGAUUUUGGAACAGAUGCAAUGUAUGGAAGCGUUAGCAACUUCAUCGAGUCCAAUGAUCAUAGAGGUUUAAUUCUCGAACACGAUAGUAUGGCCCACACCGUCAACAUAGGCAUUCACUUGCACGGCUUGAUUGGCCUGGAGCAGAUGACAGUUCCGCAAUGUGCGGGAGGCAUUGACUACAUGAAGAAUUUCAAUUUCGAUAAAUAG